AUGUCGGAGAUGGAUAAGUCAUGGAUGCACUCGGAUAGAAGAUCGAAGACAUAUGAGUUAGGGGUGGAAGCAUUUUUGAACUUUUCUGUAGAAAAUCUUCUAACUACAACACAUAUCCGUUGUCCAUGUGUUAAAUGUGUUAAUUUGAAAUUGUUUGGGGUUGGAAUUAUAAGGGAUCACUUAUACUUUAAUGGAGUUAACCAAAGCUAUAAGAAUUGGACAUUUCACGGAGAACCUUGGGAAGCAACUACUAAUGCUAGUAGAAAUAUUGAAGAAUAUGAUGACCAUAGUAGGUACAGUUUUGUGUCUGAAGAAAUAGAGAUGGAUGAUAAUGAUUUUGGUGAUUUUGGAUCCGAUCCUUAUGAGUUUGCCAAUGUGAUUGGGGAUGGAGAUCAACCAUUGUACCCUGGUUGUAGAAAGUACACGAAGUUAUCAGCAUUAGUGAAGUUGUAUAAUUUGAAAGCAAAACAUGGGAUGAGUGAUGUCUGUUUUACAGAAUUAUUGAUACUUCAAGGCGAUUUGCUUCCAGAAGGAAAUACAAUACCGGCCUCUAUGUAUGAGACAAAAAGACUUUGUGUGCAUUGGGGCUGA